CGAUGAAAAAAAACCUUUUGCUCGUCCUGAUGGUUCUGGCUUUGCUCCUACAAACCUAAAAGAUACUACUACAAAGUAAUGGCUGAUUCAGAGAACACAUUUGAAUUUGUGGAAGAAAAAUUGGACCUAGUCCGAAGAUAUUUGCAGCAGACGUUCAAUGGCUUGGUGGCAAAAGAGAAGAAACUACAAGAAGCUCAAGAAUCAGUGGUAAGAAGUUCAGAAAAAUUCAAUCUUUUCCAAGAAUAUACGCAGGAGCUGCUAGAAAAAGCUGCGGAGGAGGAAAAUUUGUCUCAUUUUCUAAUGGUGGAAAAGGGGUUUGAAGAGUUGGAAAUGAAAGGGACCAAACUGGACUCGAUUCAAAUGGAUGUGAUGAUUAGGCUAGAAAAAUUGAAUGAGGAAGAGAAGUUUAUGAAAGUGCUUUUAGGAAAAGUGGAAUGUAUGGGGAGACAACUGGAGGCCAUUAAAAAAUUGGGUUAUCAUGGCUUUAGGGCAUUGUGCUUGCAAGAAAGCCAAGCUGAGGAUUGUGUGAGAAAGCUCAAGUUGAUUGAGGGUCAGGAGGUUGAGAGUAGUAAAAAGCUGCUUGAUGAUGAUAAAGGGGAAAAUUUGAAGAGAAUUGUGAAGGAAAUUGAGAUGAGGGGUAGAGUUCUGGAUCUAAAGAGAGCGGAGCUUGUUGCCAUAGAGAAGCAACUUGAUCUGGGAGAGAAGAUUUUUAGUUUAAGGCUGAAGGGGAUUGUAGCUAAAGAGAAAAUUAUCGAAGUCAGAGAAAAGAUUUUGGGUUCAAGAAAGGAAGGGAUCACGUUUAAUUGCAAUGAGAUUGAGAUGAAAGAUAAGAGUUUGGGUUUAAAGGAGGAGCAGAUUGAAUAUGAAGAUAAUGUGCUUGAAACGAGAGAAAAGAUUUUGGAAUUAAGGCUGGAGGAGAAUGUAGCUAAAGGCAAUGAGCUUGAAGCCAGAGAAAAGAUUUUGAAGUUGUGGAAGGAACUUGAUUUAAAACGUGCAGAGGUUGAGUCUGUUCCAAGAUCUAAAGAACAAUGUUCUAAUGAGCCUAAUUCAACAAAUACAAUUCCAUCAGGCAAAGAAAUGGGACAGAAAAGCAGGAAAAGGGAAUGUAUGGAGAUGAGUGGAAACUGCAGGAGUUUAAAAAGAUGUCAUCUUGUUGAGGAAAUCUUCUGCUGUAGGGAUGACAAUCUAGUUGAAGAAACUAUAGCAAAUGAUCUUAAUGAGUUAGGCUCUGCUCAUUCAGGGAAUUCUGAUUCAAGAUGUGAUCGUAAUGGUCCAGGUUCUGCCAAUCCAGGGUUGGGUUCUGCUUUGGUUUAUUCAGAAUUGAUACCUGAUCAUAAGGAGUUCGAUUCAAAUUCUGCUGAUUUAAGUUUGGGUUUGGGGUCUGAUACUGCUGCUGGAGACACUUCUAGUUUAUAUGCAUAUGAGAAUCAGGUUAAGUUAGAAGAAAUUAGUGAAUUGGGAAAUGAUGCUGAACAGAUUCGUGGUCAUGAUGUUGCUAAAGCAUACAUACAUUCAACAGAUAUUUCAGAUUCACGUCCAACUGUUUACUCUAAUUUGUUGAUAACUGAUUUUGAUAAGGACAAAUUAAAAAAUUUGUCUGCUGGUCAAACAUGGGCUUCUUAUUCUGAAGAUGACUUUCCAAGAUCAUACUUCAGGGUCCUAAAGGUGCUUCACAAGCCUAGGCGCUCUGGGCUUGUGAGGCUGCGCAUUGUAUGGCUCCAGCCUCUUCCAAAUUACAUAGCUUGGAAGAAGGUAUGGAAGGAAUUGAAAUACGUUAAUUUACCUAUACAUUGGAAUGAGUGGAUAGACACAGGCUUACCUGUUGGGUCUGGCGUCUUUAAAUGUGGGAAAGAACAGACUUUGUCAUUAUCUCUUGACAGUCUAUCUGGUCGAUUGUGCUGCAAAAACAAAAACAGUCCUUACUUGGUACAUCCCGGUAAAGGAGAGACUUGGGCAAUUUACAACAAUUGGGAUAUUGUUAGGUGGACUUCUAAUCCUGAAAAUCAUAAACACUGCAAGUUUGAUAUAGUUGAGAUUCUUGGCAGAAAUCCUAAUGGCUUUAGAGUUGCUAAAUUGGAUAAAGUGGGAGGAUUUGUGAGUUUGUUUCAGAGAAGUAGCCAAAGUUCAUUUCUGAUAGAGGACCAGGAGCUCUUUAGGUUCUCGCACAAAGUGCCCUCUUUUAGGAUGACCGGCACUGAGAGACAAGGUGUGCCAAAAGGAUCUUUUGAGCUUGAUCCUAAAGAUCUUCCUGCAGAUCUUGUUGAGGUUGAUAACAUUCAGGUGUAGUUGUUUCGAUUUGCAUAGCUUAGAGUUGGAAGAAACCUUUGUUGCUAGAGUUCCAGUGCUAAGAGGGUAAAAGGUGAUGCUCAAUUCUUGGUGUAUCUAUCCACUGGAGAAUUGUGCUAAUUGUUUUUAUAUCCGUAUCUGUUAACUUUAUAGCUUAUUCCUUUCUACAUUGUUGAAUAUUUCCAAUGAAACAUUUGUAUGUUCUGCCACAUUGUUGAUCUCUGUUACAUUGAUACAAUCUGUUGGUGCUGAAGUUUGCUUGCACAAAGCACCAUUGGAGACAAUUGAUGCAAUUAUAGUUUAAAGAAUACA